UAGGGAACUGUCUGCUCAUCUACUAUCACUUAAAGUUUUAUGACAAGAAUAGAUUGACCUCCAAGUCAGGGCGAGCCCAAAGUCUCAGUGUCUUCUAAUCACUUUGGACAAGUGGUCAUUAACGUCACUUAUUUCCUCCAAAGAGGCAGAAAUCUUCCAAUCGGAUGGUACCUUUGAUGUGAAACUAUCGUGUCCCCCAAGAUCCCCAGAUCCGAAUGCACAAGCUGAAUUAGAACUUCAUCACGUCUUUGAAGGAAGGGAGCGCUGUUUUCAUCGUGGGACUCGGUAUUCAGGAAUACAAGAUGACUCGGAACAUGGAUUUGGCAGAUAACAGAUGCACCCAAGGGAAUAUCCUUCGACCCAGAGCAUAGUCUAAUAGGCUACACCUUGCAAGAGUCAGCAAUCCAGGCACAAGACCCCAAUUACAAACCAAGCUGGGCAAAGCAUCAAGAAAUAGAAAUGGAAACCACGUGUAAUACUGAGGAGACAGAUGACGAUGGAUCCACUUUCAGCCGGGCUGCCAGGGAUGGUAACAAGAAUGAAGUUAAGAAACACCUUGACUCCAAAAAAAAGAUGGUAAAAACGGUAAUGUGAUCUCUGCAAAAAACUUGGAAGGAAAAAUUCUCCCAGUCAUCAUAGAUGAGAAAGGACGUACACAUACAGUAGAACUGCUUUUAGAAAAUACAGACAUUGAAAUAAGUCGAAGUGGAACAAAUACUUAGGCUAAGGCUGACCUCAACCUCUCUCCUGUUUCAACAGCAGCAAAAAACGGACAUCAUUGAUUAUGUUCUUACACUUUUAUUGAGAGGAAGGCCAGAGAUUCAGACAAAACAGGGUUUCUCUCCUCCUAGAAUAUCAUAGAACAACAUGAGAAUAUUCUUUAGCAAUUGAGUAGGAUUAUAUAUUGAGACAAUGGAAAUUCAGGCUGCCUCUCCUCUUUUUAAAGCAUCACAAAAUGGACAAGAGAAUGUUGUUACACUUCUAUUAGAUAGAGGUGCAGACAUUGAGACAAAGACAAACCGGGGUUCCACUCCUCUUUACCUGGCAUCACAAAAUGGACAUGAGAAUGUUGUUACACUUCUAUUAGAUAGAGGUGCAGACAUUGAGACAAAGGAAAACCUGGGUUUCACUCCUCUUUUAAUAGCAUCACAAAAUGGACAUGAGAAUGUUGUUACACUUCUAUUAGAUAGAGGUGCAGACAUUGAGACAAAGACAAACCGGGGUUUCACUCCUCUUUCAAUAGCAUCACUUAAUGGACAUGAGAAUGUUGUUACACUUCUAUUAGAUAGAGGUGCAGACAUUGAGACAAAGGCAAUCCAGGGUUUCACUCCUCUUUCAAUAGCAUCACUUAAUGGACAUGAGAAUGUUGUUACACUUCUAUUAGAUAGAGGUGCAGACAUUGAGACAAAGACAAACCGGGGUUUCACUCCUCUUUCAAUAGCAUCACUUAAUGGACAUGAGAAUGUUGUUACACUUCUAUUAGAUAGAGGUGCAGACAUUGAGACAAAGACAACCCAGGGUGUCACUUCUCUUUCAUUAGCAUCACUUAAUGGACAUGAGAAGGUUGUUACACUUCUAUUAGAUAGAGGUGCAGACAUUAAGACAAAGACAACCGAGGGUUUCACUCCUCUUUUUUUAGCAUCACAAAAUGGACAUGAGAAUGUUGUUACACUUCUAUUAGAUAGAGGUGCAGUCAUUGAGACAAAGAGAGAUACGGGUGCCUCUCCUCUUUCAUUAGCAUCACAAAAUGGACAUGAGAAGGUUGUUACACUUCUAUUAGAUAGAGGUGCAGACAUUGAGACAAAGACACACCAGGGUUCCACUCCUCUUUCAUUAGCAUCACAAAAUGGACAUGAGAAUGCUGUUACACUUCUAUUAGAUAGAGGUGCAGACAUUGAGACAAAGGAAAACCGGGGUUUCACUCCUCUUUCAGUAGCAUCAAAACAUGGACAUGAGAAUGUUGUUGCACUUCUAUUAGAUAGAGGUGCAGACAUUGAGACGAAAAGUAAAAAAGACUGGGCCCCAAUUCAUUUUGCUGCGAACUAUGGCCAAUUAGCUACAAUGAUUUUACUGAUCAAGCGGGGAGCAAACAUAGAGAGGAAGAACAACAGGGGACAAUCUCCCCUCAACAUGGCUGCUACAAUAGGGAAAAAAGACGCUGUCGCUUUACUCAUCAAACAUGAUGCUGACUGUCGCAGCAGAGACUGUGACAGGUUUUCUCCUUUGGAAAAUAGCAUCAUACAUGGUCAAGUGGAUGUCAUAGAAUAUUUGUUUAAACUCUUUUCUGAUAGAGGUGAUAGUAGAAGUCAAGUUAGGGAAAGGUUAGAACUAGCAGCCAGACAUGGGCAAAAUGAUGCAAUCCGCUUUCUGGUUAAAAUGUAUCAAACAAAGAUAGACUGCAAUAAGUUUCUCGCAUCUUCCCUAGCAGCAGCUGUUUCUAAUGGCCAUUUUGAGAGCGUUCGAUUGCUUCAUUCGUUAGGUGAAACACCAUUAAGAUACCACCAUGAAUUGGGAGAAUGUCUCACAGACUGUGACUGCAUGGAUAUUUACUUAUACCUCUUGAUUUUUAAAAGAAGCCCCGAAGCAGUGACAUCAAGUGGUGACAAUAGAUAUGAUCAUUUGUGUUAUAGUGAUCGAAUUGACUGGGAUAUUUUUGAGAAUGCUCUGUCACCACUCGUAUCUACAGGCCAGAAAAAUAUCACCGCUUUACAUUUAGUCAACCUACCAGGUCUGGGCUCAAUUAAAAGCCUUCCUCAAGGUAAAGUCAGUAAUCUGAAGCAAACGAUUUGGGAAUGCGUAAAAAAGAUAACAGGAAAAAAAAGAGUAGAUGAGUUCACAACGACUGCACUAAUUGGAAGUAUGGCAGAAUCAACUAAAGUGGGAUUCACUGAUGAAUUUGACAUCAUACUACAAAAAGAAUAUCCUUUGCACCCAAAUAAAAUAACAAAUAUUGGGCAUGGUUACAGGAAAUAUGAAGAUGAGACAGUGGAUAUCAGUAGUAAGUUGUUUCAUUCUGUCAUAUGGGCAGAUCUUGACACCAAAGAUGACAUGCUUGUCUCAAUACCUACAGCCGUAGCAGGCGAUGGUGCUGCAUGCACUUGCAUGAAACUGCGAUAUCAGGAUGAGCAAGAUAAAAAGCGUAGCUUGUUGGUAUCAGUUGAUCUAGUGCCAGUCAUACAUGUAAAAGACUGGCCAAGUGAUGCUAUUCAGAAAACCUGGAUGAUGAAUUCUGCGGAGCUGAAAGCCCGAGGGUACCAGCUGGUGGCCAGACCACCCCAUAAGGACACUAAGUUUGGGAAAACCUUUGAUACAUGUGAGCGGGAGAAACUCUACCGUGUCACAUUCUCUCUGCUCGAAGUGGAGCACAUUAAGAAUCUCGAGGACAGGGUAAAGGAUGCGUACAUCUUGGCAAAAUGUCUCAGGAAUCCAGUGGCAUGUCACGUUGUCAUAAAAGAUGAAGGUGUAAUACAUUUCGUAGGCAAAUUCGUAACAAGCUACUUCCUCAAGACAGUCUUUAUGCACAAUGUGGAGGACUUCCUCAACCAUGAGCGACCCUUGGUUGAGAUGGCGUACAUAUUGUACAGUCAGCUGGAGUACUACCUGUCCCACGGAUAUAUCCCCAUCUUCUGGAUGCCCAAGAUCAACCUCCUCGAAGGGGUUGACAUCAGUGCAGCUAAAGCACACAAGGUGGCAGCACAUAUGAAGGCUCAUGUCGGCGAGCGUUACCGAGAGGAACUCAACAAGGAACCCCCUGACGAUGUCAACGAUAAGAUAGAGCUUCCACCAGAAUGCUCAGUCAUAGACUUCACUGAAGCUUCAGGAACAGAGAUUCUCUCACUGCCGUUGAAAUUGGGAAGCUCACGGGAGACAAGACGCAGAAAAAACAUAUGUUAUACAGAGAGAGGGGGGAAUCGAUCUGGUAAGCGAAGACGUAAAAAUGCAGACAGACAAAAGGACACCGAUAGUGGCCUCUGAUGCCUAUCUUCAACCAAGGGAAACUACAAGCUUAGAAUCAUCCUUCAAUUGAUUACCAUUAUCGGUGACAUGCCUCAAAUUUCCCGACUCUCUAUUUCUCGGAUACCAAACUCGAGAAACAACUUCAGUUGCGUAUUAAGGUCAAACAAUAGCUGUGUAUAAGAGAGUAUGUUUCAAGCAGUAGAAGGAUUGAAUUAGGUACAUGACAUGUGGUUAGGAGGGGCAAAUUGACUCCUGGACAUUAAAAACACCCUGAAUAGCUCAGGUUGAGAUAAAGAGGUGUUUAACUGACGUCACUGAAAUCCAGAUGUUGCCAACUUGAUUUCAAAUUAGCGCCAGGCGUAAUGGUUUACAUAAGGACAGUGUAUGACUUGGUCAACCAUUUUUACUGAACAUUUCUCCAUAAGGGCUGAGAUGACUAUUAACUGUAUAUAAUAUAAUGAAAUGCUUAAGUUUCUCUGCUAUGCCUAAAUACCGCCAGGAAUAUUAGUUAUUUGGUUUGCCAACAUCAUUUUUGACUUUUUUGAUUUUGAAUAAUAUCAACUAACAUAAUUCAGGUCGCUUAUGAAAUAGGAACUCCUUUUCUAGAUUUUACGGGGUCAGAAAGAUAUUCUCUCACAGGCAGUACACACGAUCCCGCAUUGUAUCAAAUUCUGACAUGUCUCACGAAAAUGCCAAUAAAAAAAUUCAAAAUCAUUGGCAUUUUUUCAAAUUCACUUGUGACAUUGAAAAGAUAUAGGACCACACUUCUGCAAAGUUUGAUGAAAAUCACGCCAUUAAAUUUGUUUUAAAUCACGAAAAUGUACACAUAUGAUGUAUAUAGAAGAUUUGAUUGUGUACGGAGGCCUUUAGGUUACAUGUAUAUAAUGAUGAAGGAGUUAUGUCACUUGAUAUUUAAGGUGUCCACUUCAUGAGGUUAUUACAGGUUACUGACUUCUUGACAAAUGUUUUUGAAUCACAUUUGUGCAAAACGGUUUUCAUUGUGUUUUACUCAAUAUUGUAACUAUAGCGAUGUUUAUGCAAAAUAUCACCUGACAAUUUUAUUGAUACGUAUGCAAGUACGAGUUUGUUCAAAGAAGGGGAUGUCUAAAAAUUAGAAAAUUGGACUUGUAUACUAAAUGAAUGGCCCUUAGACAAAGUUCAUUGGUUAAAAGCAGCAGAUCAUUAAAAGUCUUUAGUAGUAAAGAAUACUACGAAAAUAUUAGACUGUUUAAUUUGUCAGUGCAUGGGCUAACUUUCUGUUGGCCUCAUGGUCAAUGAGAUGUCACAGGUGACAAGUGGGCAUAUGUGACAAUAAAAAGGAAAAUCUUUGCAUAUUUUAGCAAAAAGCUGAAAUAACAGGUUUUUAGAACCCAGUCAGGAACUGGCAAAACUGCAAUCAACACUACAAGAUGCUGACACUCACUGCGUUAUCCCAACGUUGAGGUGUAUAUGUUUUUUAGUUUUGAUUUAAAGGGACUAUUACCCAAACCUACUGGGAUGCCUUUUCCCUUAAUAUAUUUGGUUUUGCUCCAUUUCACCAAAAAUGUUAAAAUGGCUUGAAAAUUGGAUAGUAUUUCACUUCAAAUGCUUUGUUUGUGGUCAUAUAUUGUCUGAUUCUGGCAAUGUAAGUAUUUCUAGAUACUUUGGACUUUGAAGUUUCAGAAGAAAUAUAACAUUCUGUUCAAAUAUUGCGAAAUCGCCAAAUAUGUCAACCCACUUUUUUCGUGAAAUGGGGUGUGGGUUUUAGAUGACACCAAUAGGUGUCAUCACUGGUAUGGUUAGAUUCUAUUGUGAGAAAUGUUUUUGUGUCUGUUUAUGAAUUGUCAAGUAAAUUGUAAUCAUUUUGAUGUAUUAUUAGUUAAGGUAAUGAUAAUGUAAUAAAUAGGGUAAAACUUA